GGCAAAUGAUAAUUCUACAAAUACGUGAAGGUUCCUCAGCAGAGACUGGAACACCCAUGCUCACGAUGGAGCCAAUGUGGGAGAGAUUCUUAACGGGCGACCGGAUCGUUCUUAGCUGUGAUGCCAGUCGAGAACUUCGUUCGGUGAGAUAUAAGUGGAUCAUAAACAACAUUACCAAAGAGUUCAGGGGGAAGAUUUACACCAUUGAGGCUGCUGGAAAAGAGCAUGAUGGGGAGUACAGAUGCCAAACUUCCACAUCGACACAAACAACAGCCUACAGUAACAGCAUUCUCGUGAGAAUAUCGGCUCCUGAUUCGACUAUGAGGAUUGAGUCUGAGCCAGAACCCCUGUGGUAUGAACAGACAUUGAGGCUGAGUUGUAACUGCACUUACCCCACGCACAAUAAGUUCGUUUACACAUUUUAUCGGGAAGGUUCUGUUAUGGCUGAGAUCCAGACAAUAAAUAAAAGUGUUUCUUUUCAAAAGGAGCGGGUUACAUUUGAAGAUACAGGACGGUAUCGAUGUCAAGUGCGUUUUGUUGAUUAUCCCAAUGGUCCUGUGUACACAUCAGCUUACAUACAUGUGGAUGUGCGAGAAAGUCCGGUGACAUUACAAGUGGAUCCCAGACUACAGAGAGAUGGUGAUUCCGUCACAUUGAAUUGUCGGUGUACCCAGGAUCAUGUGUGUGGAAGAGGACAAGUUUCCUUCUACAGAAAUGAGACCCUCCUGAACCCUGAUUCCAUGCCUCACAAUGUCUAUCACAUCCACCAAGCAACCCUAAUGGAUUCGGGAUGGUACCGCUGUGCGAUUUUCCAGAACCUUUCGACGUUCCUGUCCCUCUGGGUAGAAGUCACUGUCCAGAUCCCUGUGAGCUGCCCAUCCAUCAGCUCAGAUCUGAAGGGGUCCGCUGUGUCCAUCGGUGACCACUUAACCAUCCGGUGUACCUCCGAAAGUGGGACACUGCCUAUAAACCUCAUGCUAUACCGUCACCACCACCACCUCCUGAGGAACACGACAGUCGUUGACUCCAGGACAGCCACUUUCCAUGUCACCGUGCCAGCUGAGGGGGAGGGCGCUGUGUACUCCUGCGGUGCUGCAAAUGCCGUUGCCCACGUUAUCAACUGUAGUGAGCCGCUCACCCUCACUGUGUCAGAUCCCUCUGGGAAAUUUGCUCUGCAGGUUGGAGGUUCUGCUGUUGUUGCCAUUCUCUUCAUUGUUUUCCUGCUUCUGCUCACUGUCUGCAAAUUCCAUCGAAAAGAGAGACAUCAGGACACCUCCAGUUCCCAACCCAGGAGAGACACCAGCAGCCCCAAUUGUGAUGAAAUUGUGUACUCUGUUGUUCAAGCAAAGAGGAAAGAAGGAGGUAACAAGUUUCUAAAUAACUUUGCAUCACUGUGUCAGAAAGGAAAAACAAGGCUCUGUGAUUACAUCUUAUGGGAAUAGUGUCCAUGUGACUGUAGGAGCAGAACAA